UAAUCUCAGCACAGGAGAGUCUCUUUUAAUCGGGCAUCGAGCUUCCUGAAGCCAUAUAAAUUCAGUUCGAUCCGGUCCUUGAAACAAAGUGCGCUCGCUGCGCAUUUUUCCCUGACAGCUCGAAGGCGGCAAGCGAGGGAUACGAGUCUCGUCGACAAAUGUCAGAGGGCUGCCUCCGUAUUACCACCCUUCGACGGCGCGAGGAUGGAUUGGCGAAACGAAGAAUCGGAUCAAUCGAGCGUCGAGAACUUGAAGUGGGAUGAGAACGAUCAUCCCGCGGAGAGGACGAAGGAUGCUGUCGCUGCUGCAGUUCUGGACCAUAACGUUUGCUCCCAAGGAGUUCAGGUUGAAAUUGGGAUUUGUAAGGAUAUUGGGAAUUUUACAUCCGCUUUGGAAAGUUUGGAGCUCGAGACGACGAAUCACCCAGGUUUCAGAACAAAUUACAUGCAGACGGAUUACUUCAAUGAUUCCGAGCAGGAGGAAACCGUUCCAGUUUUCAAGACGAGAGAAAGAUCUACCUUCGAAUUGGUAGUCCAGGGACCAGAAAUCUUAAUUUUCCAGGCUCAUAGGAAAGGAUUGAGGAAAGGAUUUAUCCUGCAGGGCACCAGGCAUUCCCCAGCGGAUAUCGCACCCUAUUGGAAGAAGGAUUCUCGGAUGUGGCUGUGGAAAUCGGUCCGGCUUGCAAGGAAGCUGAAAAGUAUCAAAACAAAGGCUGCUCCUGCAAACACUUUGUAUCGCAAGGAUCUUUCGUAGCGUAUACUUUUAUUCAACUGUAUAUACAAAUUUUCGAAUCGUAAUUUUAUUUUUUUAUAUUUCAUUUCAUUUUAAU